AUGUUUCCCAGAACUCUCCGCACAAUUCCAACUGGCCUUGCCAGAUCCAUGGCCCCAAGAGUCACCUUGGCACCCAUCUCCUUCACCAGACCCUAUCACGAAAAGGUCAUCGACCACUACACAAACCCGCGUAAUGUGGGCUCUCUUGACAAAAACUUACCAAACGUCGGUACCGGUCUUGUUGGUGCCCCAGCCUGUGGUGAUGUGAUGAGAUUGCAGAUCCAGGUCAACGAUGCCACCGGCAUCAUCGAGGAUGUUAAGUUCAAGACUUUCGGCUGUGGUUCCGCCAUCGCCUCCUCCUCGUAUGUCACUGAGUUAGUCAGAGGCAAGACCCUCGAGGAGGCUUCCAAGAUCAAUAACGGGAUUAUCGCCAAGGAAUUAUCUUUGCCGCCAGUCAAGUUGCACUGCUCUAUGUUGGCCGAGGACGCUAUCAAGAGCGCCAUCAAGGACUAUACCUCCAAGAGAGGUAAGAGAGGCCCAACCUUGGGUCCAGACGCUGUUGCUUUAUAG